AUUUACUUAAUAUUUCACAACACGUGCUCUCCCACAGCUUUGAAGCUACAUAUAGUGUGACAUUUCAUGACGUAAUGACGUUAUUGAGGAAAUCUUUAGCUGGAGACGAUAAAAGACAAGUAAUAAAUGGUUGUUGACAAUGGCGAGCAAGUUGGUCCGUAAUUUAGCUGGACGUUUAGCGUUAGUUACAGGUGCUGGUGGCGGUAUUGGUAUAGCCAUAUGUCAAAGAUUGGCCAAUGAGGGUGCAUCUGUGAUUGCUGUGGAUAUUGAAGGCAGUAAUGCAUUGAAGACUGUGGAGAAUUUAAGUACCAUGGGGGAUUUGAAACAUUCCCAUUAUAAACUGGAUGUCACCUCUGCCAAAGAGAUCCAUCAAUGUAUGGCAAAUAUCCAAGAAAUUUAUAAAAGAUAUCCUUGCAUAGCAAUCAACUGUCAUGGCAUAACAAGGGAUGAUUUUCUAAUCAAAAUGAAUGAGGAUUCAUUUGAUGAAGUUAUAAAUGUUAAUUUAAAGGCAACAUUUUUAAUGAUUCAAGCAUCAGCAAGAGGUAUGAUUGAGUCAAAAGUUGAAAAUGGUUCAAUUGUUAGCAUUGGUAGUAUCUCAGGAAAGGUUGGCAAUCUUGGCCAAGCUAACUAUGUUGCGUCAAAAGCAGCCAUUGAAGCUAUGACUCGGACAUGUGCUAAAGAAUUAGCUAUAUAUGGCAUUCGGUGCAAUAUUAUUUCACCUGGUUUUAUACAAACGUCCAUGUUAAAUACAAUACCUCCAAAAUUAAUAAAUAAGUUUACGUCUGCUAUACCUCUGAAACGACUUGGUAGCUCAGAAGACGUUGCAAAUGCUGCUUAUUUUCUUGCCUCAACUGAGAGUAGUUACAUAACGGGAGCCAACAUCGAAGUUACUGGUGGAAUCUACAUGUAAAAUGAAGCCAUAGAUAUAUAACUUAAAAAAUAGUUAUUUAGAGCUAAAGGAAUAACGUUUUUUAUUUAAUGACUUGGGAUGGUAGUGGAUGCGUUAUUGCCAUAUAUAUAUAUAUAUGUUAUUGGUUUGCGAAAUAAAUUGCAUAAUUCUAA